ACGAGCCAUUUUAUUUGUUGUUUAUCAUCGAAACUUUGAAUUCUUUAUUUUGGUAAAUUUUUCCGAAUUAAUUUUCUGUAAAUUUUAAAAAUGGGUUGUGAUGGCGGUACCAUUCCACGUCGAGAUGAACUUGUUCGAACUAAAAAGAAAAAAGAAGCUAAAGAUAAAGAAGCAGAAAUGGCUGCUAAAUGGAAAUAUUGUGCAAUAUCAUCGAAAGAUUUACAACCACCAAUUGUUUCUUGUGAACUUGGUAGACUUUAUAAUAAAGAUGCUGUUAUUGAAUAUUUAUUGAAUAAGGAAGCACCAAAUUCAUCAUUAUUAAGUCACAUUCGUAAUCUUAAAGAUUUGGUUACAUUACGAUUGACACCAAAACCAAAAGAUGAUCAAAACAAAUCAACAGAAUCUAACGGUGCUAAUGAAUAUAAAUAUGUUUGUCCUAUUGUUGGUUUAGAAAUGAAUGGUAAUUAUAAAUUUAUGUAUUUUCGCCAGUGUGGAUGUGUUGUUUCCGAAAGAGCCAUAAAAGAAGUAAAAAGCCAAGUUUGUUUAUCAUGUAAUAAACCAUUCAUCGAAGAUGAUUUAAUCGUUCUAAAUGGUGAUGAUGAUGAAAUUGAAGAUCUUAAAAAUCGUAUGACCAUUAGACGUAACAAAGUAAAAGAAGAAAAAAAACGUAAACGAACAAUAAACAAUGAAGAUUCGACAAACGGCAAAGCAAAAAUGGCUAGAUCUGAUGAACCAGGAACUUCAACAGAUACUACUACCACUACAGUGGUUAAAACAUCAUCAUUAUCCGUACUGUCGGAAAAAGCAUCAAAAAAAUAUUCAGUAAAAAAAGAUCCAAAUGCAACCGAAGCAUAUAAAUCAUUGUUUACAUCACAUGAAAGUGCUAAAAAUCGACCAAAAGCACAUUGGGUUACAUUUAAUCCAUGUUAUAAUUAAAAUAACAAAUAAUAUUUUAUCUUUUUUAUUUCGAGCAUUCUUAUAAGUAAAAAAAAAU